UACUUUUUUAUUUGAUUGUUUUAAAUUAAAAUUUAAAAUUUUAUGGUUUGAAUUUGAAAGUUGAAAUUGAAAUUGAACUUUUCUUAUUUAAUCUAUUUCAAUUUGUGACAGGUCUCCUUAUUGGCAAGGCAUGAUUGAUGCAGUAACCAUUUGUGGGCCGGGGUUUAAAGCCCCUAGUGAUACUGAGUUGAGUGGCCCUCUCUUGUUGGAAAUGGUGGAAGAUAUGAAGGUUGACCUAGAGGACCACCGCCAAUCUUGGAGCCAGAAGGGUUGCACCAUCAUGGCAGAUGGUUGGACUGAUAGGUGGAAUAGAACACUCCUAAAUUUUCUUGUUUCCAGCAGAGGAUCCACCAUGUUUUUGAAGUCCAUCGAUACUUCCUCACAUGUCAAAAAUGCGGCAUAUUUAUGUGAGGCUAUUGAGGAAGCUAUAGAUGAGGUGGGGGAAGAAAAUGUGGUGCAAGUGGUGACGGAUAAUGCAGCAAGUUAUGUUGCUGCAGGAAAACUUUUGAUGGAGAGGCACCCAAAAAUCUUUUGGUCUCCAUGUGCAGCCCAUUGCCUUGACCUCAUGCUGGAGGAUAUAGGUAAGCUUGGAUGGGUGAAAGAAUGCAUUGAAAGGGCCAAGAAUAUAUGCAAAUUUAUUUACAAUCAUGCAUUGGUCCUUAGCAUUAUGAGGCAAUACAUGGGGGAAAGGGAGUUGGCUCGUCCUGGUAUAACGAGAUUUGCCUCAAAUUUCCUCACAUUGAAAUCCUUGUUAAAAUCAAAGGCAUCUUUGAGGCGCAUGUUUGUUGGUGAGGAGUGGACUUCCUCAUCCUAUGCUACGACCAUUGCAGGGAUGGAUGUAGUAGAUUGCAUUUUUGAUGAGCCAGGUUUUUGGAUCCCUUGUGCAGAGAUCGUGCAGGUCACUGAGCCCCUAGUAGUUCUCCUACGAGUUGUUGAUGGGAAGAAGCCCGCUAUGGGCUACAUAUAUGAGGGCAUGGAUAGGGCCAAGGAGCCCAUUAGAUCCAUAUAUGCUGGAGUUGAGGAUAAGUAUAGGCCCAUUUGGGACAUAAUUGAUAGAAGAUGGCAUAACCAACUUCAUAGGCCCAUCCAUGCAGCAGCUUAUUACCUCAAUCCAUCAUUUCAUUUCCGUGCUGAUUUCAAAGCGGAUGAGGAGGUUCUUAGCGGGCUAUAUUCAGUAGUACAACGGAUGGUCACUGAUACCACAGCUACACUUCUCGAGAUGGAUGCAUUUAAUAAUGCAUCAGGGGCAAUCUUUGCCAGCCAAUUGUGCAAAGAGGGCCGGACAAAAUUGUAGCUAGAUAUAUGGUGGCAAAUGUUUGGGCCUUCAACCCCAAACCUUCAAAAAAUUGCCAUCCGCAUAUUGAGCCAGCCAUGCAGCGCUUCUGGAUGUGAGCGCAACUGGAACAUGUUCGAGCACAUCCACUCGAAGAGGCGAAAUAGAUUGUUUGUUGAGAGGUUGAAUGAUCUAGUCUUUGUUCAUUACAACCUCCGUCUCAGGACCAGACAGAUUUUGGACGAUGACUCCUCUUCGAUCACUCUAGAGGAAGUCGACCCCGAGUCCGAUUGGCUCACUGAGUCCACCGAUCCAGUCUUUACUGAUGAGGACCUUGAGUGGGUUGACUAGGCAGACAGAGAGGCUGAGGCUGUGGCUAUGGCAGAGGAGGAGGAUAGAGCAUGAUCAGGCACAGCACCUAUGGCUACUCAGACUGGCACAUCACAGGCAGAGACUAUGGCUACUCAGUCAUCCGGGACCUACCUUAGACGCCUUUGUAGGAGGCAGAUAGACGAGGCUGAGUCUGAGCCGGAGCCAUAGACUUGUUUUUAUUUACACUUUACAGUUAGAUAUAUGUUUGGGAACAUUUGAAGUCAUGGAUUUAAUAUUAUACAUUGGACAACAUUUAUAACUCUAUAUAUCUAUGUUUUCUAAUUCCUUCAGCUACAAUUUACAUUUCUACGCAUGUGAUGGAUGUAUGUUUAUGUAUGUGAUCAAAUUAGCUUCUAUUUGAUGAUGUUAUAGUGUCUUUAAGCUUAAUUCAAUAAUGGGUGUAUGAAACAAGUUUUAAAUCGUUAAAAAUCUCUAAAUUUCAAGGGUUUUCUUAUUUUGCCGAGUCAUUGCCGAGUCCGAGCCGAGUCACGAGUCGAGUCAGCCUUGCCGAGUCAGAGCCGAGUCCGAGUCUGGGAACUUUGAACACAACAAACACUAAAGCACUGAAAACACUAACCUUGGGGUUAUGUGUCAACUUUAUUAGAGGAUUUGGUUGAUGUUGGCAAUAAGCUCAGUUGGUCUAGAAGACUCC